AUGACGGCACAGAUUCAGACAUCCCAAAGCGCCGUUCGUUGGUACCCUCCCUCGUUCGACAUACGAGUCGAACAAGUCCCUGUUCCAGAAAUCAACGAACCAGAUGAUGCGAUCGUGAAAGUGAAGUUAGCAGCUCUCUGUGGGAGCGAUCUACACAUCUACCGAGGACACGGAGGCGUUACUAAAGUCCAUAUCUGCGGGCAUGAGUUCAUCGGCGAAGUAGUGAAACUCGGUUCGAGCUACGGAGGACCAGCCCAAGGGCGCCCAGAUCUAUACUCGACCUUGAAAGUGGGCGAUAAAGUCGUCUCUCCUUUCACCGUAAGCUGCGGUGAAUGCAGUGUUUGCCGACUGGGAUAUACUUGUCGAUGCCCUCACGGCGCCCUCUUUGGUUCGCCAGCCCUCGAAGGAGGCCAAGCACAAUAUGUGCGUGUGCCAAGGGCUGGGGGAACGCUCUACAACCUCAGCGAUACCAGUUCCUGGUCAGCAGAUCAAACAGCCACAGCAGCCCUGGAUAAAAUAUCUGAGAGUUCGCUCGUCCUCCUCGCUGAUAUCCUGCCCACGGGAGUAUUCGCUGCCAUGCAGGCUCUGAGCCACCCAAAGGUCCUGACGGCGCUCACUGGGAGGCCGUGUCCGUUGAAUUUCUUCCCAUUGAGAGAUCUCCCCGCCAAGCAAGACGCCCUCGUGCAAGAGGACAGAACGCUCACCUUUGCGAUUGUGGGCCUGGGACCCGUGGGCAUAUGUGCGGCAGUCAGCCUGCUCGACCUCCUUUCCGUGGGACAGUACCCGUUUCGCGUCGUCGCGAUCGAUCCCAAUGAGAGCAGGAGGGAGAAGAUGGAAGCCGUCUAUUCCAAGAUCUCCCCGGAUGGCAGGGGCUCGGGAGAGUUCACCGUUGCGUCGAUCGACGACGCCAAGACCACGGUCCAUGCUUGGACUUCCGGUGUAGGAUGUACAGCUGUCCUCGAGGUGGUCGGGAAUAAUAGCGCACUGAGCCUGGCGUAUGACCUCGUUCGAGACUUUGGUGCUAUUAUAUCUGUGGGAGUCCAUGGAGCAAAUGAGGUUCCGUUCACUGGACGACAGCUUUAUAACAAGAACGUAUCCCUUGAGUUCGGAAGAUGUCCUGCCCACACUAUGUUCCCUCCCGCUUUCGACUUGUUGGCGAAGCGGCAGGAUAUCUUUGGAGGCGUCGGUGACGCCAGCAACCUGAUCGACAGGAUUGUUGGCUUGGACGAAGCCCCGGAAAUGUAUCGGGCAUUCGAGAAAGGUCAAGUUGGAAAGGUUAUAUUCGACCCUUGGAAAUAGUCUACUCACACAUGUAUUGCUUAAACUACGCAUAAAAUCAAAUGGGGGUAUCAAGUAACAGAACGAACGGACGAUACGUUACGAUGAAUAUAUAUACAACACGAUCAUCAUGCCCCAAAAGAAGAUGUAUAAUAAAUAUUCCAUCGUAGAUGUACCAGC